AAAUUAUAUUCCCGGAAAAAGGAGAAGGCGAAGGGAAAGGGCAAGGGCUCAGCCAUUUUGGGAGUCGCCCAUUAUAUAUACGCUUUCCCUUCCGCCUACUACGCAAAUCGUAUUUACGCGUAAAAUAUCCAAUUACCCAAAUGACGUCUCAGCUUGUCGCAAACCACCGAGAAGGAGCGGAGAUCUACCACGGCGACUCCCUCUGCAAGCAGAAGUCAAUCGAACUCCUAAAGGAGAUCCGACUCCCAAACGGCCUCCUGCCUCUCGAUGACAUAGUUGAAGUUGGCUACAAUCGCACCACUGGCUUCGUCUGGGUCAAACAGAAGAACAGGAAAGAGCAUAAAUUCCGAGCAAUUGGGCGGAACGUGUCGUAUGAUACGGAGGUGACAGCUUUCGUGGAGGACAGGAAGAUGCGGCGGCUGACGGGGGUGAAGAGCAAGGAGUUUCUGAUAUGGGUUACGAUCUCUGAUAUAUAUGUGGAUUCUGGUGAUACUGGGAAAAUAACAUUCGGAAAUCCGACAGGUAUAUCGAGGACUUUUCCGGUGUCGGCAUUUGAGCUGGAGGAGGAGAAGAAGUGAUUGUUGUUUAGGUUGGGUACUUAUGUGGGAUUUGAAUAAAAUAUAUGAUUAAGAUAGUGGUUUUAAAUGGAUCUCUAUAGUAAGAUGAUAAGGGUUUACAAUUAGUAUCGAACUCUUAGUCGUUUUUAUUACUUAAAACUGGCGAGUAUUAUGGUAGUUUGUGAUUUAGCAAUUGUGUGGCCAGGCAACCAUGUUUCCCUUUCUCUAAUUUCCUUCUGCUUCUGUUUCAGCAGCUUCCUGCAAGCAUUUUAGAUCGAUGGUCUGCUUUUGGCUCUUAA